UGAAAACGUGUGGAGUCUUGUAAACAAACGAACUGCGCGGAGAUUUGUUACUAUUUUUGAUAGCUGAGCGUUCAAGCAUGUCGGACGAAGACAACGAGUUGAGAGAUCUUGUGAUGCAAACCUUGGAAGUUAACGGUACGUUAGGGAAGAUAAAGGCCCAACUACGAGCUAAUGUGUUUUUAGCCUUAGAAGAACAAGAGAAACUACAGAAUAAAUCACCUUUAUUGAACAAAGAAUUAAAACAGUUUCUUAGUACAAAAAAAGGUCAGUUGGUUGGUUGUCUUGUUAGAGAAUUUUUAGAAUAUUUUGAUCUUCAUUCAUCUUUAGCAGUAUUUGAACCAGAAUCAGGUUUGGGACCAGAUAGUUUAAGACGCAAUGCCUUAGUGAAAGAAUUAAAUAUGAUUGAUGAUAGUGAUGUAUCCAAGAGUCCUCUGUUACUACAGGUAUUUCAACAAAAACAAGAUCAAUCCAACCUAACUAAUCAUAUGGAACAGAUAAUUACAGAAAAUCAACAUUCUGAAAGUGUGUCUGAUAGAAAAGAUAAUAAUAAUAAGAGUAAGAACAGUAAAAAUCCUGACAUCAAUGAUAUACUAGGUAGUGAAUUAGAUGAAGAUUCUUUUUUUGAUGAUCCUGUCCAGGUCUUCAAAAGUACAAGUGGCGAAUCAAUUGAUAAAAGUACCCUUAAUGCUACAUGUGAAGAUAAAGACAAUGGUGAUAUUUUUACUCUAAAGGAUGCUCCACAAUUUCAACCUAAAAAGACAGAACAAGAAUCCAAUAAGAAUUUGUGGGCUUUGGAUAAAAGAUUAGAGGAUUUUGGUUUAGGUGGAGGAGAUGAUGAAAUAGAGUAUGAAGAUGAUUUCCAGAGUUCAGGGCAUAGUUUGAGCCAGAAAAGUCCACGAUUGAAUAGCCGGUCGGAUGCAAAAUCUAUAAAUGAAAAUGGAAGUUUAGCAGAAGAAAUUGAGGAGGAUAUUGAAUAUUUUUCUAAUGAAGGUGAAGAUCUUAAAAGUGGGAUGGAUGAUUUUACAACUGAUUGUAGUAUCUCCCAGACAGAUCGAGGUUUUGACUAUGCAGAAGAUCUUCAGUUAACAUAGAAAAAGAAAUUGUAGCCAAAUUUGUUCAUAAUUAAUUUUGUAUGUAAAUUAUAGCAUAUUAUAAAGUUAUUUAAAAGAGAAAAAAAUAUUGUUGAUAUUAUUAUGGAAAAAUCUCUCAUCAGUUGUCAUAUUUACACAAAUAGGAAAAUGAAGAUCAGAUAUUGAAACCGUUUUUAUACGUCCACAUUGAAAUGUGGUCGUAUAUUGUCGUUGCCCCCGUCCGGCCGGCCGGCAUCCACAAUUGCUUGUGGACGCUCUAGAGGCGAAACUUAAUAUCUGAUUGACUUAUACACAGUGUUUAAGGUCAUCAGACGAAGAAGCCUAUUGAUUUUCAGCGAUUUCCGAUAAUUACUUCCAGAGUUAUGGCCCUUGAUCACUUCAAAAAAUCUUGUGGACACUCUAGAGGCCAAAGUUAAUAUCCGAUUGACAAUAAAUUUGUACACCCUGUUUAAGGUCAUUAGCCUUAGAAGCCUAUUGAUUUUCAGCAAUUCCGAUAAUUACUGCCAGAGUUAUGGCCCUUGAUCACUUCAAAAUAUCUUGUGGACGCUCUAGAGGCCAAAGUUAAUAUCCAAUUGACUUUAAAGUUAUACACAGUGUUUAAGGUCAUGAGACGAAGAAGCCUAUUGAUUUUCAGCAAUUUCUGAUAAUUACUGCCAGAGUUAUGGCCCUUGAUCACUUCAAAAUAUUUAAGUUUAAGGUCUUGAUUUUCAAUGAAUUUUGAUAACUUAAACAGCUAAAUCCAUGAUAUUAAGUGUUUCGUAUACUAAACAUUAGAAUGGGGCAGAACUUUAUAAUAACCAAACAAAUUCUAAUGAUUUUCUGAUAAUUACUUAAUGAGUUAUUAUUCUUAAUCAGAUUUUAGUGUAUUAUAAAUGUUUCAUUACCAAAAAAAGUAAAAAUAUGUGACAACUCUUGUUGACUGCCCGGCAACCUAUCUUAAAUAAUAUGAAUGAAAAUUACGCUAAUUGAGUUAGCCUUAUGCAGAUUUGUUAAAAUGAGUGGGGUUAUGGUAAUUGAAAUAAUUUGAACAUUUUCAACUUCUUGUCCCAAACAAGCGAGGGACUGUAACUAUAAUUGAUCAUUAAGUUGUUUAGGUGGUACUUCUUCAGAUUUGUUCAAAGUUACUUGAGUGAUCAGACAGGGGCAUGGCAGUUGCAUCUCAGUUACUUCACCCCUUUUAUACGCCAACAUGGAAAUGUGGUCAUAUAUGGCAGUCGCCACCGUCUGUACGUCCGUUUUAUUUUUAAGACAUUUUAUUCAUUCGAGCUACCAAACGAUACUUUAGAUGUUUUGAUUCGGUCACACCCGACGGUAAAAUCACGAUUUUUGCAAGAGCAUCAAUUUUUACGUUUUUUUUUUUUUUUAAAUAUUGAAUAUUUUUUCAACUAUUUCCGGUUUACGGAUCAUUGUCAGGAUAGAUUUAACACGUUGUAUGGGAACUUAACUUCCUGUACCAGAAGUUUCAGAAAGAUCCAUUGGACAGUUUUAAAAAGAAAGGAAAAUUAGAAGAAAUUUAACAAUAUUUAGCAAAUAAUUGGUAGUCUGAUACUAAUGUGUUAUCUCCCUUAUACCAUUAGACCAUUAGAAGAAUUGAUAACAAUUUUUCAACUUUUUUCAAAGAUUGUGGCUCUUUUUGGACCAUUUAUACUAUAUUAAGGCUUUUAAAUUUGGAUUCACACCCUAGACCACCGUUAGGACUCUAAGUAACAGAAGUUUAAGAAAGGAAAUAAGAGAAGUUUUCGGGAUGAAAGCAUUUGAAUAGCCCACAAAAAUGAAAAUACUAGAUUUUCAGCGUCCCAUUAUAUAUUGCCUAACCAGCGAAUUUUUACCAUUUAGAUGUCAUACGAUCGUCCAUUGUUCGGGCUAUCCAAUGACACUUUAGUUGUUUUGAAAUCUUACGUAGUAAUCACUUUUUUUCGCAAGGUCACCAUUUUUUUACUUUUUAUGUUUUUUUUUUCUCAAAAUAUCGGAUAUUUUUUCGACUACUUCCGGUUUUUGGAUCAUUGUCGGGAUAAUUUUAACAAGUUGUUUGGUUACCUAACCUUCUGUACAAGAAGUUUCAGAAAAAUCCAUUCAGCUGUUUUCCAAAGAAAGAAAAAUAGAAGAGCAUUUUCAGUAAUUUAAGGAUUUUUCAACUUUUUUCCAAGAUUGAGGCUCUUUUUGGACCACUUAUAUUAUUUCAAUGCUUUUAUUUUUGGACUCACGCCAUAGUUCACCGAUAGGACACUUGAGUAAAAAAAGUUUAAGAAAAAUCGAUAGGACUCUGAAUAAAAAAAGUUUAAGAAAAAUCGUAGUUUUCGUUUUGGAGAAAAUGGCGUCUCAAAAUACUCCAAAACGGAAAAUACUAGAUUUUCGGCGUACUAUAAUUUAUUUUCUAGCCAUCUAAAUCGUAUCAUUCAGAUGUCAUAUGAUAGUCCAUUAAUGGGGCUAUCCAGCGUUACUUUAGUUCUUUUGGUCCGCUAACAUCUGAUGGAGAAAUCAAGUUUUUCGCAAGAGCGCUAUUUUUUUUAACCCUUUUUCUUCAUUUUUUGGAUACUUAUAUGCAAUAUUUAAAUUAGUGAAACGAAGAAGCCUAUUGCAUUUCAACAAUUUCUGUUUAUUACGUCUAGAGUUAUGGCCCUUGUUUCACUUUAUUGAUCCUUGUGAACGCACUAAAGUCAAAAGUUAUCAUUCAAUCUUUCUGAAAAUUAUAUGCAUUAUUUAAAUUAGUGAGACGAAGAAUCCUAUUGAAUUUCUGUUUAUUACGUCUAGAGUUAUGGCCCUUGUUUCACUUUAUUGAACCUUGUGAAUGCUCUAACGCCAAAAGUUAUCAUCCGAUCUUUCUGAAAUUUAUAUGCAUUAUUUAGAUUACUGAAACGAAGAAGCCUAUUGAAUUUCGGCAAUUUCCGUUUAUUACGUCUAGAGUUACGGCCCUUGUUUUACUUUAUUGGUCCUUGUGAACGCUCUCACGUCAAAAUGUUAUCACCCGAUCUUUGUGAAAUUUAUAUGUAUGACUUAAAUUAGUGAAACAAAAAAGCCUAUUGAAUUUCAGCAAUUUGCAAUAAUUACUUCUAGAGUUAUUGCCCUUGUUUCACUUUGUUAAACAUUGUUAAUGCUCGAUUUAGUUAUCAUCCGAUAUGUAUGAAAUUUAUAUUAUUAUUAUUAUUAUUAUUAUUACAGCAUAUUUAUAGUGCACCAUAUUUAUAGUGCACCCUUUCAUGUAACAUGUUCAGGGGCACUUUACAAAGUGACAAUGUAAAACAAGAUUAUGGGCAUGUUAACGAUUGUAUACAGAGUCAGUUAAAAGCCUGAUUAAAUAAAUGUGUUUUAAGUUGUUUUUUAAAAGAAUAUAGAGAUGUACAACAUCUUAAACUAAAUGGUAGAUUAUUCCAUAAAACAGGUGCUUGAUAACUAAAAGAGCGCUGACCAUAAGAGACUAGUUGAACAGUUUUGGGCUUUAAAAGUAGUUUAUCUGAUGUACGUAAUGUUCGGCCAGGUGUAUAAAGUUCUAAAA